GUCGCGGCUCCUUGUAACUCUGCAGCGGUCAUGGCGAGUACCUCAAACUGUCUUUCAGCAAGCCCUCUGGUCCCUCCCUUUGGGUCGCGCGGGCGACCUUGCCUUCCGGUGUUAUAGCUCUUUCGCUGGGCUGUGACCUGGACCAAGAAUGGCCGAUCUAGUACGUUACUGGGUCGAGCUCGCCCGCAGGCACCUGGACUCCCUACGCCCUCCGGACGCGCUCGGCUUCAGCGUGAGUGGAAAUCUUCCAUUGCGGCGAAGAUUUUGGGCCGACUCUUUCGUAGUGGAAGAGUGUGUGGCCAGUCCCAUUCUAUGCCCUCGCGUGUCUCGCGCACAAACGAGUCCGGGUUCUCAAGCCGCGGCGCCUCCCCAGUCUGACCACCAUCAGAGUGCCGGAGAUCUAUGUCGCGCUCGCAUGUGGGCAUGUCGCGCAUCUCGAAGCCAAUCGCUUAGCCAGGAAUAUGGAGGCGGCUGACUGGCUCAAGUACAUAUGUCACGGCGCCAAGUGGGCUGGGCCGGAAUACCGCGAGCAUCCCGAGCGGUUCGUUCCGACCUCCAAAGAGCCAGUUGAUCUCACUCUACACCUGGUCGCUACCGGCAGAGCAACCCUCAUAGACUUCGAGAUUUGGAAGUACGCACAACGCUGCAGUUGGACGGACGAACGAGCGCGCCUCGCAGCGUCGACGUUCCUUAUGGAGCAUGGCUGGUGCGCCUCCGGGCUGAGGCAACACCUCAGCACUCACGACACCGGACUCGUCACGCUGUUCUUGGCGGAGCAGCUCAAGGGAGAUAGCGUCCUCCGUCCUGCGUUCCUGCACGACAAGCGUCUGAUGGCAGAAGUCGGUAUCGUCACUUUCUUCGCGAUGCUUUCCCGCUCAAGUUGGGGCUCGAGCUCCCUCGGGGUGCAGCGCACAAACGCGAUCAUGCAGCGCUACUUCUUCUAUCUGCUCGCGUUCAGAUGGUUUGCGGGAAAGUACUGUCACUAUGCAUCGAUCUUAGGGCUGCAGGAUCCCAUGCGGGCUGGUGUAGCAGUGAUCCUUGCGGAGGGCGAUAUGUGUUCGGGAAAGUGGAAGAAAAGCCGUGUGGACGUGGAUACGACAUUUGAAGGGUUCGAUGUGACCAUGUAGAUCUCCUGCUCCUGCGCUUUGGAGCUGCCCGGGCUGUUGUUCUGGCACCGCAUGAUACUACUCGCUUUGUUAGGCUUUGAGUACGUUCACUGUACAUCCGACACUAUUUCUCGCUAUCGCACUGCUACACCUCCGCUUUCGAUACCUCCACUCACAGCUGUCUUAGGAACUCACAUAUUACAC